CAACAAGUUCGCUUCCAACGUCGACAAUCGACGCAGUUCACUGUCCGCUCUAAAGCUCUGAAGCAGACCAAAACCGCUGCGGAUAGGAGAGAAGGGAAGCAGCAGAGUCGAGCGAAGGUGAUGGAGGCACUGAACAUGAAGGUGUUGACCUUGUCGUCGCAGCCCCUGAAGCAUCUCAUCCGCCUCGCUGCUUUCUCUCGCCCCAUUCGCCCCAACCUCUUCUUCGUCCGCUGCUCCUCCUCCUCCUCCUCCUCUUCCACUUCGCCCCCCUCUUCCGCCGCCGCCUCCCCCGCCGGCCGCAGCCGCCGUUCUCCGUCUUCGUCCUCUUCGACCUCCGACAAAGAAGCCGUUCGAGCUAUUCGCUUGAAAAAGGUGGAAGAAUUGAGAGAGAAAGGUUUCGAGCCCUAUGCCUAUAAGUGGGAUAGGACUCAUUCAGCUAAUCAGCUGCAAGAAAUAUAUAAGCAUUUAGCUAAUGGCGAAGAGUCGAACAGCGAGAAAGAUAAAGUGUCCAUAGCUGGGAGAAUCACCGCGCGCCGAGCAUUUGGGAAGCUUGCCUUUUUGACCAUCCGAGAUGACUCUGGAACAAUUCAGCUUUACUGCGAAAAGGAGAGGCUGUUAAACGAUCAGUUUGAGCGAUUAAAGACCCUUGUAGAUAUUGGUGACAUAGUGGGUGCAAAUGGAACUAUAAAGCGGACAGAGAAAGGGGAGCUUUCCGUGUGUGUCAACUCUUUCGCAAUUCUUACCAAAUCCUUACUUCCGCUUCCUGAUAAAUAUCAUGGCUUAACAGAUGUGGAUAAGCGCUAUCGCCAACGGUAUGUGGAUAUGAUCGCAAACCCGGAAGUGGCUGACAUUUUUCGUAAAAGAGCGAAGAUUGUAUCGGAGAUCCGCAAGACAGUUGAAUCUGUGGGUUUUGUUGAAGUUGAGACGCCAGUCUUACAGGGAGCAGCUGGUGGAGCGGAGGCCAGGCCAUUUGUUACAUACCAUAAUUCUCUUGGAAGGGAUCUCUACUUGAGAAUUGCCACUGAGCUCCAUUUAAAAAGAAUGCUGGUUGGCGGAUUUGAAAAGGUAUAUGAAAUUGGUCGAAUUUUUAGAAAUGAAGGCAUUUCAACUCGUCACAAUCCAGAAUUUACCACCAUAGAGAUGUAUGAAGCAUACUCCGACUAUCAAAGCAUGAUGAACAUGGCAGAGGAGAUCAUAACUCGUUGUGCUUUGGCAGUUCAAAAUAAGCUUAAAAUUGACUACCAGGGGUCACAGAUAAAUCUGGAACGGCCAUGGAGGAGAGAAACCAUGCACAAUCUUGUCAAAGAAGCCACAAGGAUUGAUUUCAGUGAUUUUGGAGAUGAUCUUCAAAUGGCUAAAAGAGUUACUCUGACUACCUUAGGGGAUGGCCUUGAACAUAAAGAUAAAUUAGCAAUUGGAUCAUGCCCAUCCAUUGGCCACCUUGUUAAUGAGGUUUUUGAGGUAGUUGUUGAACCAAAGCUUCUGCAACCCACAUUUGUCUUGGACUAUCCUAUUGAGAUAUCUCCCCUGGCCAAACCUCAUCGAAGGCAUGCAGGCUUGACUGAGAGAUUUGAGCUUUUCAUUUGUGGUCGCGAACUUGCCAAUGCGUUUUCGGAACUAACAGAUCCAAUGGAUCAGAGACGACGCUUGGAAGAACAAGUGAGACGGCAUAAUGAGAAGAGAUCAGCAUCGCUUUUAAAAGGUGCUGCUACUGAAGAGAAAAAAGAGGAGGAUGAUGAAUCUUAUGAAGUGACUCUCGAUGAAGACUUUCUAACAGCUUUACAAUAUGGGAUGCCUCCGGCUUCAGGAAUGGGGCUUGGGAUCGACAGGCUUGUGAUGCUCUUGACGGACUCCGCUAGCAUAAGAGAUGUGAUAGCUUUUCCAGUCCUGAAGAUUCAGCAAUGACUUGGACAGCGAGUGUCUAUGUGGGUUAUAUCUCCAACAACAUUUCAACGGGAAUGAAGGGCUCUUCAACUC